GAGCGCCUAUAUCCGUAUCCAUCUUUGGACAGGGUGAAAUUAAAAUUGUUUUUUUUUUCUUUCGGACGAUGUUAUCGAAAAUUAACAGCUUGAACGUCCUCUGUCUAUCGACAAUCGUGCUUCUCGAGGUAACUCGUGCCCAAGAAUGCCAGUACAAGAACGAAGACAAAGCUUACCGCUGCAAGAACGUCGUGGACAUAUUUCCGUCGAUGUAUUACGGAAAUUACAAGCUCGUCUGCGUCGGCUGCAAUAUCACGACCUUCACGGACGAGACGUUCCCGUUUCAAAAUAGCUUGACGUCUUUCAACGCGUCCGGUUGCGGCGUCAAAGAAAUAAAACCGCUCGCCUUUUCCGCCAUGACGCGUCUGCAAUACCUUUUCCUUCACAAUAACCGAAUAGAUCACGUGGCGGAGAACGCGUUCUCUGGAGUCAAGCGGCUAUACGAAUUACGUCUCGAGAAUAACGCCCUCAAAACCCUGAUACCCGGAUUUCUCAACGAUUUCCAGAGCAACCUAGUGAAUCUAUCCGACAACUUCAUAGCGAAGCUACCGAACGGAGCUUUCAAAGGCUCAGAAUCCGUACUGAUACUAGACCUGUCGAACAACGAUAUCAACGCAGUGGACGUCGACGCUUUCGUAGGGCUGAGCGACCUCGAAGAACUGGAACUGAGCAACAACAGGCUUUGCCACUUGAAGCUGGGAGUCUUCGAGAGCUUGAAGUUCCUGAGACGCCUCAAUCUAGCUGACAAUAAGUUCACCCGAUUCCCGUUAGGGGUGUUCUCCGGCUUGACGAACCUAAACUACCUAAUAAUAGCCAACAAUUCCCUGGAUAUGUUGAACGGAGGCGUACUGUUGCCCUUUAUGCAUUUGCUUAAGCUGGACGUCAGCGGAAACGGCAUGUACAUCUUCGACGCCCACGACAUCUACGUCAACGUCCCUAGCGUCAAGUUCCUGUCGAUCGAAGACAACAUCUUCUCUUGUACUUUGCUCAAGAAUACGUUGCAGUAUUUCAAACUCAAGGGCAUCACGGUCGAGAACAACAUCAACAGAUACCAGCACCACAACAUCAAUGGUAUCGCGUGUAUCGACGAUUACGUCAUAACCGAAAGAAUAGCGCUCGGCUAUUUCUUGGAGAAGGCCAAGAACACGUCCCAGUUGCUCGUUUCAUACUGCUGAGGGCCAAUAGAUGAAACCAAAUUGCAAUAUUCGAAUAACUCGAGAGCCACCAUGGUUACUGUAAAGUCGAUGAAGAUGAGACUGUCCCUUUUUAUAUUUGAGCCGUUCAUUUGGAAAGUGACUUAAUUUUUGCUUACCUUAAAAGGACCUAGGUCACUUUCAAAAUAAAAAUUUGUUUCGUUACAAAAAGUGAAACAGCUACAUAUAGCUUAAAAAAUAAAAAAAAGCAUUUAAAUUAUAUUUUUAGAUAAUAUAAAUAAAUUCAGUAACAAGUUA